AUGCAGCGUGCAUCCAUCUGCAGCCCCGCGGGACGUGGCCGCGGCCGUGGCGGCUGGCAGCAGCGGCAGGGCGGGAUCGAUCCGCCCCAGUCGCGCGCCGCCCGCGAUCCCGCUCGUACGUCCGCCCGCCGCGAAGCCUCCGCGUUUAGGCGGGAACUCGCGACGUCCGCGCUCGACCGGAAAACCGCGCUCCGUUUCCGCCUAAUUGACACUCCAAUCGUAACACACAAGUGGCCUCGGUUGGCUCGCGAACCUAUUAAAGUG